AUGUACGAGUUCUGCACCCGUGCUCUCACCCCCGCCAGCAGCUUCACCAAGGAGAAAGCAAUGCAGAUUCACCGCCGAGAGCGCCUCGCGAUGGUUGGGUGCAGACUGUUCAGUAAAGGCUGGCAAGCCUUUGGAGCCUCAGACGCUGAGCAGCCGAUCGACAUCAGCGAAUCCGCUUUACCGCCGUCCUCCCUUUCCCCUCUGGUGCCAGUAAAACCGGGCGCCCCACUGGUUGCCCAGGGACUACCAAGAAACUACACCCAGCGUCUUUCCGAGGCUUUUGACGGCCGUCCGGGUCAUGGAGGUGCUCCAAACGCGCUACGCACGGAGGUCUCGGACUUCGGCUCCAUUCCGCGAACACUCAUUCCCGCGCCGCGUUUCGUCCGGUCUUUUGUCGACGCUGAAAAUCGCGAUUUUUCGCAGGGACGGGGGGGAGACGGCGGAGACCUGACUUCUUCGCCAGAACGCAAGGGACAGGAAGAGGACGAGGAGGCAGGGGACAUCUCUAUUCUUGGUCGUGUGGGACAGAAUGCGGAGAUAAACGGCGAGUACGAAAUCCUCCCUGACGAGGGGGGAGAAGCAGGAGGAAGGCCCCUGGGCCGUCAGCACCGAAGCCGGCGCCCUGCGUACCGAAAGAGGUCUCCACUCGCCUCUUCUCCAUCCUUGUCCUCUGUCGCCACUCCUCAGCCUGGGGGCGGAGGAGAGAGGAGGCGGGCCGCAGGCCCUGAGUUAUCCGCACCCCUGUUUUUGUUUCACAUGGAUGCGUCGGACUCGGAGACCCCCGCGUUUUGGGCGAUCGGCGAGCUUCUGGGGGAGAACGCCAAGAUUCGCGCCUUCGUUCUGAGCUCUGCAGAAACGCCCGACAAGGCACAGGGCGAGUGGAUGGUUUUCGAGACCGCUGUUUACUCGGCGGACCCGCCUCUGCACCCGCAGCCGGCGGCGCUUCCUCCUGCUUUUCGGCCGGACCCAUAUGUCGUCGCUGUGCGCGUCUCCUGCAGCAACGGCGCUCUGGACGGUGCAGAGACAGGCCUCGACUGCGGAGGGCCAAAGUGCGCGCCCUGCAGUGAAUUCCGCAGUUGCAGACUCCCCAAGCAGUUCCCUGCUGGCGGCUACGCGCUCGGGGACUGCCCUACAGACGGCCGCCUGAUCCACGGCCAAGCGUGUACGUACAAGUGCCCGCUGGGGUGGCGAGAAGGCGGCGCACUCGGCCGCAUUUGCUACGACGGGACUGUUUUGGAGAUCCGCAGAGGCCGCGGAUGCGAGCGGGCGUUUGAGCUGCCUGAAAACGACGUGCGGGCCUGCCAGUUUCUCCUCCUCGAGGGCGCCCCAGAGGCACAAAGCAGCUGCAACGGGCUCUUCAUCAGCCAUAUUGUCACGGGCAUGAGCGGUCAACGCGCGAUAUUCUGGCAGAAAGACCUCAAUGGAAAGCUCAUUCAACUCUACUGGGAAGAAGGCUACUGGAUCUGUGGAUCAUUCGAAACAGACGAGGAAUUCGGAUACCUCCCCGACAUGACGCCGCAGAAGCUCAUCCAAGCGCGCUCAGUCCCCUUGGCUUCGGACGACGCAGUCUGGUCGACCCCUCUGGGACCGCAGCAAACGUCGCCGUCGCCUGCUUCCCUUCACUGCGUGGAUCCUCUCAAGCCUUUCCAGCAGAGUCCGCGAGACGCAAAUCGGUGCCCUGCCUUCCUCUUCGCAGGAUGGUCGCGUUCUGACUUGAAUGGGUACUGGUACGAGCUCUUUCCGUCGUCCUCGGACGGCCGUCCUCGGUUCAUAAACGAGCAAUCGCUCGUGCUUCACUGGACUCCUCUGGGGUACUGGGUAGUGGGUGUUUCCGAAGAUGAGACGCUCGCGACGGCGCUCGCCUUCUCACCCAGCAAGUACCCGCCUCCGAACGGCUGGAGGCUGUGGAACGCGCAGAAGGGGCUGUGGGAAGCCGAAACGAGAGUCCGCGCAGACUGCGUGCCUGAGGACGAUCGCGGCAGCACCAGUAGUGACUUCAACCGCUGGCCUGGCGGCGUGAGUGGCUCGGAGGAGAAUUUCAAAAACGCCCGAAAUCGCCUCUUCGGCUUCCCUGCUCCCCUUCUCGACAUUUCAGCUUCUUCGCACAUCCUCGGUCUGCCUCCCUCUCCGUCCCGCGAGCCGUACGGCCAGGACCACAGCCGCACUCGCGCGGGCCUUCUUCAGGGCUUGAUCGCGCCCGAAGAAGGGGACGCGCGGCUGGGGCAAAACGGAGACAAACUCGAGGCCCUCGAUAUCCCAAAGCCGCACGCGUGUCCGCACCUCCUCCUAGAGGGCGGCGUAGGGCUCGGCGAGCGCUGCAACGGCGUCUGGACACGGCCUUCGGCGCGUUUGCACGCACGAAGGAAAAAGGAAACAAGGGGGGUAAGGGAAAGCGCGACCGCCCGCGAAACUGCAGGUGAGGCCGGAGGGGGAGAAGACGAAGACGACCAAGUUAGUGGAAAGCCAAACUACCUUUUCAAAUUGUCAAUAGACAGUCGCGUGCUGUACCUCUACAAUGCCGAAGGCCAGUGGCGAUGCACGGCGGACGGAACUACGAUGCUAGGGUUCUCGAAUAAGGGCGUCGCGCUUCGCGAAGGAAUUGAACAACAGGAAAGAGUGAACGGAGAUCGACUCAUAGAUGGUCGCACAGGAGACUUCCCAGACGACGCAGAAGAGGGUAACUGGCUAGAUGGCAUGCGAUACGUCUCCGCACCUUGGAAACUGUCCUGUUUCCCGCAAGAAAAAGGACUGGAAAACAAAUGCGACGAAGUGAGCAUUUCGGGUUUCGCUGAAUCCGCAGAGCCCUUCAACGGCCUCUGGGUGAGGCGCGUAGAUUCGCCUUCCCCCUCUCAGCAGCCUCGUUUUGUGAAGCAAGUUGUCGACAGCACACAGGGCGGCCCGUAUUUCCCUGCUCUUGACACCGAGUUACAUCUCUAUCGGCACCCGGUUGGCUUGUGGGUUAUAGGUCAAGAUACCAAGCCCAAGCCUAAACCCUAA